CACAUACCGGUCCGGAAACAGAAUGGCCAAUCAGAGAGCAGCACAGAUCAAGUUCCGCCCUUAAGUCAGUCAUUUUCUUUCUGGCGCCCAAUUUGAAGUAGCUUGUUAAAAAAUAAACUACAUUGUUGUUCUAGUUUUGAGGUUUUAAAUGCAAACCGUCAUCCCCCAAGAGCUCCAAGGCCGCGUGGACAGAAGGUUCCGGAGCAACCCCAGCGUCUUCAUCAGCACGUUGGCGUCAGGGUCAGACACGAUUCCUGAACAGCAUUCAGCUAGGAGCUGAGCAGUCCGUAACAGCAUGAAGAUUGCUGUGGAGGGUUGUUGCCAUGGCGAGCUGGACAAGAUCUAUGAGACCAUCGCCUACCUGGAGAAGAAGCAAGACGUCAAGGUGGAUCUUCUUCUUUGCUGUGGGGACUUCCAGGCCGUGAGGAACGAAGGCGACCUCAAGUGCAUGGCGGUGCCUGCCAAGUACAGAACCAUGCAGACUUUUUACAAGUACUUUUCUGGAGAGAAAAAGGCUCCAAUUCUAACCAUUUUCAUCGGCGGUAACCACGAGGCCUCUAAUCACCUGCAGGAGCUGCCUUACGGAGGCUGGGUGGCGCCCAAUAUUUAUUAUCUGGGUUAUGCUGGCGUUGUCCGCUACAAGGGGGUCCGAAUCGGAGGCGUGUCAGGGAUCUUCAAAUCCCACGACUACAGAAGAGGUCACCAUGAAUUCCCUCCAUACAACCCUGAAACCCUGAGAAGCGUCUAUCACGUCCGAAAUAUCGAGGUGUUCAAGCUAAAGCAGAUCCGCAUGCCGGUGGACAUCUUCAUGAGCCACGACUGGCCCCGGGGGGUCUACCACCACGGCCACACUGAGGAACUGUUGCGCAAGAAGAAGUUUCUGCGUCACGAAGUGGAGUCCAACUCUUUGGGCAGCCCCGCCGCCGCCGAGCUGCUGGACCACCUGCAGCCCACCUACUGGUUCUCGGCGCAUCUUCACGUCAAAUUUGCUGCCCUGGUGCAGCAUCCGCCUAAAGCCAACGCCGCGCCACGCGUCACCAAAUUCCUGUCGCUGGAUAAGUGCCUGCCCUAUCGGCAGUUCCUGCAGAUUGUGGACGUUCCGGAGAGGGACGGUUCAGCCGAGGAUCUGGAGUACGACCCAGAGUGGCUCGCCAUUCUAAAGGCCACAAACGAUCUGCAGAGGACCACCCAUCAUCCCUGGAACCCUCCUGAGAACAAUGGCCUGCACGAACGGUGGAACUUUGGCGUUUCCGACGAAGCAAUGAUGAAGGUGGUAGAAGAGCUCAGCGGCGAGCUCGCCAUCCCGGACAACUUCAGUCGUACCGUGCCCGCUUAUGACCCUGGCAACCCCCAGUACCACUCGGCCCCCAGCUACAACGCCAACCCCCAGACCACCGAGCUGUGCGCCACCUUAGGCCUCACCGACAUCUAUGCCCGGGUGGGGCAAGGCGGCAACGUGACGGGGGCUCAGGGUGGAGAGGAGGAGGAGGAGGAAGAUGACAAAGCUUCGGGAGACGACGAGCCCAGCGAGUACCCUACGGACACUUCCAGCAUGUCAAACUCGUUUAAUCCGGAUGAGAUCACCAUCGAAGACGAGUGGGAGGAAGAGCUAGAGAGCGGCUCUGAUCCCAAACCACUCGGUGAGGACGCCGCUCUCACGCCCCGCAUGGUCCUACCCCCGCCCAAGUUCGAAGUGUCCCCCAUUCCCAUGUCUUCUCUCAUGGACCUUCCACCCCCCUGCCACUCCACGCCCUCAACCGCCCACCUUCAUUCUGGGGUGGAGGUGGACGCAGAGGGCGGGGAUGCAGAUACUGCUGUGCCACGCGCCCCCAAACGGACCAGCGACGAGGCCAGCAGUAAUGUAAGCGGGACCACGACGCCGCGGAUCAAACGCAGAAACCAAAUCAUCUAUACCAGAGUGGAAGACGAGUGUGAUGAUUAGUCUUCCUUUAUUUAUGUAUUAACUUCCUGUCUUUUUAACACAGAGGACAAAAUCUUAUUUUUCCUCUUUUAAAAAGAUAUAUUUUAAAUACUCCUUUUUAGAAGCAGGUAUUGAGUUCUUUUUUGGUAAAUGUGAAUUUUCAAGACAAUUGUAAAAUUAAAACAAUAGAAAAAAGAAAAAUCCAGCUUUAUACCAUUUUAUUUUCAUAUUCUGUACACAUCUAUAUAUUCAUUAUUUGAACUCUUAGGUGUUAUUUUUAUUUUUUCAAAAUUAUAUGAGACAGGGAUAUUUUGUAAUUUAGUGUGUUCCAUUCUUAUUUUUUGGAAUUAGUGCAUUUUUUUUCUCAAUUGUAUAUAUAUAUUUUUAAAUUGGGUUGUCAGGAAGAGAAGUACUGUUGGUUGAAAAAAACCUGAACAUUAUCUGAAUAUUUUAUUUUCUAAUUGUCACCUUUUUAAGCCUACAAUAACGGACAUUGAUAUCAUUUAUAAUAGGCAAAAUGUUUUCUUUUUGAUUUUAUGGUGUUUAAGGGACAGUCAAGUACAAAUCCAGAUUAAAAUUUAAAGUGAAAUUCUGUUAACAAUGUCAUCACAUUAGUUAUUGUUGUAUGGAGUAUAAUUGUUUUAUUGUGUUGAGCAACCGCGAAGAGAACCAGGCUUAGGCACAUUUAAUUUAUUUUAUUUUACACAAUUCCUCCUAUUUCUUCCGUGGUUGCUUUAUAGUAUUAUUAGACAAUCAGACAGGACUCGAGCUGAAAUGAUGAAAGGCUGAAUAAUCACAAUUAGUGUCCUUCUCCAUGGUCUCUCUUUCUCAGUCAACACCAUCCUUGUCAUACUUGACCAUUGCUUGAUUCAUUGAAUGGAAGCUGGCUGAGGGAGACGGGAUGCGUUUAGGGGGGUUGUAGUGGAGUCACAUGGCAGGGAGAAGAGGAGUGGGGGGAAAGGUUAAGGGAUGGUUGUCUAGUUCCCCCCGCAGCAAGCUCUGGAGGAGCGGGCGUCCGGGUCCUGUAGGUUGACCCCCCGAUGUCGUGCCGCAUGUGUCGGGUUCUGGGUGUCUGUUUUUGGCAUCUUUUUGGCUGCAAAACAUGAGAACAGGAGGCUUCUUAAUGAUCACCUGUGAAAUCAAUGACCAACGUCUUAAUUAUUAAGAGGUCAGGUGCAAAGCUUGGUUUUAUGUUUCAGCUGUUUUAAUGCACAAAUCCUAUCUUUUUUUCAUCCAAUAUAAAAAGCAGGGAUUUUUUUUAAAUUAUUUGUUUUGCAAAUUGUGUUGCCAAUUAUAAAAACAGAUAAAACUUUUUUUUUUACACAUCGAAAAUACAAGAAUACAUAUUUUUGUAUUUU